CGCCCGCCGCCGAACAGCCAUCAUGGAUACCAGCCGCGUGCAGCCUAUCAAGCUGGCCAGAGUCACCAAGGUGUUGGGCAGGACUGGCUCGCAAGGGCAGUGCACGCAGGUGCGCAUGGAGUUCAUGGACGACACGAGCCGCUCCAUCAUCCGCAACGUGAAAGGGCCGGUGCGCGAGGGCGACGUGCUGACCCUGCUGGAGUCAGAACGAGAGGCGCGGAGGCUGCGCUGA